AUGAAAAAUAUACAAUUCUAUAUACCCCCUCUUAGUCUAGGCGAUGAAAUCAAUAAGAUUAGACUGGAUCUUACAGCAUGUUAUACUGUAUUUUAUCCAGACAAAAAUGCAAUAUCUUCAUGGAAAAAAUAUGAUAUUAUUAAAGGAGAUGAUUUAAAUUUAAAAUUAACAGUACUAUGGAAGAAUAAAGAUAUAAAUUAUGAAUUUAUUAACGGAUUAGGCCAUUUUAUUUCAUCAGCAGAGUUAUGGAAACAAUUACAUCUUCGUCCCAUUAUUAUUCAAUCUAUUAACAAAGAAAACGAUAUUACACUGAAUCUUUUACCAUCUAAAUCAUAUCCUAUAUUACAUUAUCCUAUAAGUGUAUUGCAUGGGGAACUUUCAGAAAUUCAAAUUCACAUGAAUUUUAAAGAUCUUUUAUAUGAAGAGAUUCAUUCUAAAAAUAUACCAAAUCUGGAAAACUUAACACCUCUUAUAGACUUGGCAUUUCGAUCAUUAUGUCUUGAUCGCAUUUCGAAAAGAUCUACAUGUACUAGCUUAAAAGGAAAACUUCAUUCAUUAAAAAAAAUAUCAUCACAAGAUUCAUGUUUUUUAACGCAAGAAUUAUGGAACACUGUCAAAAAAACAAUUUUUAUUAAAAAAUCUAUAACAGAAUUUAAACCAACACUAAAUCCUACAUAUACGCAAAAAUCAUUACAAAAAAAUAUGGAUAUUAAUCAUAGUACCAGUUUAUCUUUUUUUUCAAUGAAUAAUAAUGAUAAUAUAUCAUGUGAAAAUAUAUUAGAAACAAAUUUGUUACCAAUACAUUUUAAUAGCGAAGUUAAUUGUCGAAAUUUACUAUCAUAUCCCACAAUAAUUAAACAAAAAGAAAAUAAGUCAGAAACAUACGAUCCAUCGUGUAACCAAUUCAAUUAUAAUAAAAAUAUAAACAAAAAUAUAAGUAAUAAAAUCGAAACUAUUAUUUUAUCAGAUUCAUAA